AUGCCGCGGGAGAUGACUAGUGACUGCCAAUAUGCAGAACAGCCUGCAACGACCCGAGACACGCGCAUGCUUCAGACGAGCCUCGAAGCAGCGCCGUCCGUCUCUCCCCUGCGGCGAUCAACCCGCUCACGCCGCCACGCGGGAUGUCGCCGUCGACGGAGCCGGGCCACGUCAAACGAAGCGCCUGCGUGGAUGUCCGCACAAAUUGAAGCUGAUGAGGAAACUGCGCAGCAAGGGGGGCAGGACAUGGUGGGCGAUACGCACCACUCUCCGCUGAAGGACGCGACAGUGCUCAUGAAGGCGGCGCAGAGGCAGCCGGUCAACCGAACACAGAGCCUUGCGGGUACGGUCGGUGGCAAUCGUUUUGGGGACGACGUCGCCCAGAAUCUCGCGAGCUGUCUUGCCAGCUCCGCCAGAGAGUAG